CGUCACCGAGGAAACAAAAUGGCGUCUGGCAGUGGGUCCAAUAAGAACGACUUCCGUCGGAAGUGGGACAAGGACGAGUAUGAGACCCUGGCUCAGCAGCGCCUGGCGGAGGAGAGGGACAAGGACCGGCGAGAUGGGAAGGUCGCUCCGCCCGUCAAGCGGGAGCUCCUCCGUCACCGGGACUACAAAGUGGAUCUGGAGUCCAAACUGGGAAAGACCAUCGUCAUCACCAAGACCACUCCUCAGGCGGACAUGGGCGGUUAUUACUGUAACGUCUGUGACUGUGUCGUCAAGGACUCCAUCAACUUCCUGGAUCACAUCAACGGAAAGAAACACCAGAGGAACCUUGGCAUGUCGAUGCGUGUGGAGCGCUCUUCUCUGGAUCAGGUGAAGAAACGUUUUGAGGCGAACAAGAAGAAGAUGGAGGAGAAGCAGAAGGAGUACGACUUCGAGGAGCGCAUGAAGGAGCUGCGGGAGGAGGAGGAGAAGGCGAAGGCCUACAAGAAGGAGAAGCAGAAGGAGAGGAAGCGCCGGGCGGAGGAUGACGUGGACUUGGAGGAGGACGAUGAGAUGGCGGCGGUGAUGGGGUUCUCCGGCUUCGGCUCGUCCAAGAAGACUCACUGACGCUCCACGACUUGAGACCACGCACCAGGACCAGGACCAGGCAGGUGUUAGAGACCAGAACCAGACUGUACAUUCAGGACGGACGAGUCCCGCUGCGCUCGUCGCUCCAGGGACCUGACAUCUCCUUCAUCGUCCUCGUUGAGACUAUUCAGUAACAGCCAGGCUUUUAUUUUGGUAGUUUUAUCCAUCACUCAGUUGUGAUGACUCCUGCAGCUUCCUGUCAGAGACGCGUGAACGACCGUAGACGUCUGCGAUGAAGCUGCUGAGUGAAAAGACGUCGACGGACGGACAAAACGAAAAUGAGACAACAAUUAUCUCCGGGUGAUUCCUUUAAGAGACGCUUUCAAGUUCCUGCCGACAGAAAACAUGACCAGAUUCUCAACUUUCUUCAUUUCUGCUUCACGUUAAAAUAAAGUUUGACAGAAACAAAGGUUCCUCAUGGAAAUGAAGAAAAGCUCAAACCGCUUCACUCGUUUUUUUUAAUUUUUAUUGUAAUAAACAAUUUUUUUUUGGUUUCCACCA